UUUUUCUGGCACAAUAACCCAAACUACAACGUAACUUUUGACAACUUUCUCACAAGAAAACCACCUUUACCAUUUAAAAAACAAGUCUCAAUAAAAUUUGUUAAACAGUUGAUUGAAUGUGAGAGAAUUAUAUUUCCUCCCAGUAUUUUAUGUAAAGAAACAUCAAAGGAUAAUGAAGAUUAUGUGUUAAAAAUAUGGGGUCGUUGUACAAUUCAUCACAAACCAAAAGAAAGACAGUAUUGUAAGUGUAGUCUUUUGGUUAAAGAAGAUAUUAGUAAAUGUACUUUAUGCAAGAGAUCUUGUAUUGAAAAAAGAAAAAAAGAACAGUUGGAAGAGGAGAGUGCAGGACCAUUUAUUUUUGGAAAAUUUCGAAUAUUAGAAGGUUCAUCUGAUGACACAAUUGAUAAGCUCAACAUGAUAAGAUUAGACAAUGAGUAUAAAAAACAGAAAAUGUGUGAUGAACAACUUGAUCCUGAUUAUAUUCUUUAA